AUGGCAGCCAAUGAAAGUACCGAAGACGUCUUGGUGGAAGAGCAAUCAUUCUCAUGGUAUCGACCGAAGCAGUGGUAUCCCGUCCGUCUUGGCCAAGUCUUACACGCAAGAUAUGAAGUCCUCCUCAAACUUGGCUACGGCUCCGUUUCCACAUCGUGGCUGUGUCGCGACAUGGAGUACGUUUCUUCUUUCCGAAGACACAGUCAUGGCUGACAUAUGUUGAAUUCGAAAGGAAAUCAAGAUAUGUUGCUUUGAAAGUAUACAUGACGGGGCAUCGCCAGGCUCGGAACGAAGUCAAAGUGAUGCAGCACCUGAACUCCCUCAGUUCGGAUCAUCCCGGGUCAGGGCUCGUCCGGAAGAUGCUUGAUACUUUUGAGAUACAAGGGGAAGUCGGUCGCCACGUGUGCUUAGUACAAGAGCCUCUCAGCGUCUCACUGCGAGAAGUCCGCAACAUUGCUGGUGGACAGGUGCCUUCCGAGAUCUUGAAACCCAUCCUGUACGGUCUGCUGCUGGGUCUGGAUUAUCUCCACUCCGUUACAGGCGUAGUGCAUACAGGUAUCAAUGACUCUACUCACCGAUGUCCUUCAUUUGGCUGAUCGCUGUACUCAAGAUCUCCACGAAGCCAACAUCAUGCUUUCAGUUGACGACGAAUCAUACUGGGACGAGAUGAUCGAGCUCGAGAGACAGUGCCCAAGUCCCUGCAAGAUUGUAGACGGCCGACACAUCUACUCAUCUGCCGACCUCGAAAUGCCCGAUGAGCCCGGAAACGCCAUCAUCUGCGACUUCGGAGAUGCUCAUUAUGGCCCCGGUCCAUUCGAGAUAGACGUCAUGCCAGAUCUUUACCGCGCUCGUGAAAUUAUCCUCGGUAUCGCUUGGGAUGCAAAGAUCGACAUCUGGGCCUUUGCGCUGAUGGUAUGGGAUCUCGUAGAAGGCAACAUCUCUUCACGGAACGGCUGCCAAGUCGAAAUGCGUCCAGCCCAGCGCAUCUGGCCAAGAUGA